CCUUGCACACUACCUUGUUGUGAUUAAAAAUGAAUACUUAAUUAUUAUUAUUUAGUCUCACAUUUCUCGACACUAAUAAUUGGUAUUCAAUAAUUUAUCGAAAAAAUUCAAUAUGAUAGGUGGUCUAAGUAAAUUGAGCCGGACUUUUCUCCAAAAUAAUAGCUCUAAAAGAGCUACAAUUAACAUCGUUAGAUCAAACACGAGCUUUAAUCGUGGGCAAUCAAUAAAAUUGCAGAAAAUAAGAGACAAGGAGCCUGGUGAAAUAUUUAAGUGGAUCCUUAUGGUAAUACCAGCUGGUUCAUUUGGUCUAGGCUGUUGGCAAGUAUAUCGUCUGCAAUGGAAACUAGAACUUAUAGAUGCCAUGCAAUCAAAAACGAAUGCAUCACCAGUGGACAUGCCCCUUGAUUUUGAAGAACUUAAAAAAAUGGAAUACCGACCUGUUAAGGUCAGAGGGGAAUUUCUUCAUGACAAAGAAAUUUUAAUAGGGCCAAGAGCCUUAAUUGAAAGCGAUAGUCAUAUGCAAAGAACUGGCUCUCUUGUAUCAGAUCCUAAGAAGAAUCAAGGGUGGCUUGUAGUCACACCAUUCAAAUUGGCUGAAACUGGAGAGGUCAUAUUAAUAAACAGAGGUUGGAUACCACAACACAUGCGCCCCAAAGAAAAAAGGCAGCCAUCAAUGGUAACUGGUGAAAUAGAACUCACUGGUACAGUAAGGCUUACUGAAACAAGAGGACCCUUUAUGCCUAAAAAUAAUCCAAUAAAGGGUUCAUGGUUUUAUAGGGACUUACACCAGAUGAGCGCAUACUUGGAUUGCGCUCCAGUGUGGUUGGACGCUAAAGGAAUCCCAGACCCACCGGAAGGCUGGCCGUUACCAAACCAGACGAGGGUCAACCUACGGAACGAGCACAUGUCGUAUUUAAUUACAUGGUAUAUGUUAUCUGCAUUUACUGCCGUGAUGUGGCACCGUUACUUUAUAAGGAAACUCCCUCUCUUGUAAUUUAUAAAUCAUUGUUUGUAGUAAAUGUUUAUAAAGUAUUGUUUUGUUAAAUUAUAGAAAUAUAGGCACAAUGAA